AUGGCCUGUCAGUCCGUCCGCUUCGCCAGGCCCUCCUCCAUUCUGGGCGUCGACGGCUUUCUGAUCGGUGGCACCUGCGAGAAGUGCGUGGACGACUGCCAGGAGUGCGUCACGCACGAGAAGUGCUUGGUGUGCGCGAACACCAAGCUCCUGCUGAACGGCACCUGCUUGUCUUCCUGCCCGGACGGCUACUACCCCAAGGUGGGCAAGAACGGCCUCGGCGGCAGUUGCGAGAUUUGCGCGGACGGCGCUCUUCUGUGCAGCCCCGGCCUCAAGGGUGGCGAAGUGGUCUCCACCCCCGUGCAGUGCGAGGAGGGCUACGAUCUGAAGAAAGGAGAGUGCAAGAACCCCUGCACCGCGGGAACCUUCAAGGACGCAAAGACGGGCAAAUGCACGGACUGCCCCGACACCUGCCGCGAGUGCGUGAAUGCCACCAAGUGUACGUCCUGUAAGACUGGGAGCUUCCUUGACAUGACCGAGCUGCCGGCAAAGAGCCCUUGCGUCAGCACAUGCCCCGACAGCUACUACGGCAAGAAAGACACCGGGCUCUGUGCGGAGUGCUCCCUCUCCUGCGGGAAGUGCGCUCGCUUUGACACCUGCACAGAGUGCAAGGACGCGCGGUACUUGGCGCCGGUGACCAAGAAGGGUGCCAUCACCUGUGGUGACGACUGCCCGAACGGGUACUACAUCAACGGCACGAAUCUCACUGCGCGGAACUGCGUUCAGUGCGGGAACAACUGCAACGUUUGCCUGUCGGCCAGCCAGUGCGGAGAGUGCGCGAAUGGCAAGUAUUUGAUCCCGGACGGCUGGUGCGAGGAGGGGUGCCCGGAUGGGUACUACCCCAAAGGCCGCGGCAAGACAGGCCGCACCUGCGAGAUCUGCCCCGGGGACUUCUUCAACUGCAUCAGCCCCAAGCUGGGCACGGAGUGCCGCAACCGGAAGUACCUCACAGCGCAGGGCACCUGUGAGAGCAGCUGCCCAGUGGGCACCUACCAUGCCGGCACAGGCACCCACCGAUGA